AUGAGUCUCUCCUUGUUGAGCACGUUUUUGGCAUUGUCCCUGGCCCUUCUGGCCCGACUCGGUCAGGCCGAUUAUACCCUCUCGGAUGACUAUGGGAAUUCCGCUUCUUUCUUCGACAGGUUCCAGUUCUUCACUGGACAAGAUCCGACCAAUGGCUUCGUCGAGUACGUCGAUCGCAACACGGCGCAGGAUGCAGGUCUCAUCUAUGCCGCCAAUGGCGCUGUCCACAUGGGCGUCGACAACUCCAACACUGCCCCCAAUGGCCGUCGCAGCGUCCGAGUAACCAGUACGAGCAGUUAUCAGCAUGGACUCUUCAUUCUGGAUCUGGCGCAUAUGCCUGGUAGCGUAUGCGGGACGUGGCCUGCCUUCUGGCUCGUCGGCGCCGACUGGCCCAACAACGGCGAAAUCGACAUCAUCGAAGGCGUAAACACCCAGAUCCAGAACGACAUGACCCUCCACACAAGCGAUGGCUGCGCCAUCGAGCCUUGGUCUGGCUUCACCGGCUCCCUCCUAACAUCCAACUGCUACGUCGACGCGCCCGGUCAAUCGGCCCAUACGGGCUGCCAGAUCCAGUCCACCUCAGGCCUGUCGUACGGGACCCCCUUCAACGCGAAUGGCGGCGGAGUCUACGCGACCGAGUGGACCAGCAACGGGAUCAGCAUCUGGUUCUUUCCCAGAUGGGCCAUUCCGGCUGAUAUCACUGCGGGCUGGAACCCUGAUCCGUCGACGUGGGGGCCUCCGGCGGCGAAGUUCACAGGAGGCGGCUGUGAUUGGGAUAGCCAUUUUAACAAUCUUCAGAUUGUCUUCGACAUCACCUUCUGCGGCGACUGGGCCGGCGGCGCGUGGGGAUCAUCCUGCUCCGCUUCGGCAAGCACAUGCCAGGAUUUCGUUGCCAACAACCCGUGGGCCUUCCAGGAGACGUACUGGGCCAUCAACUCGCUCAAGGUGUACCAGCAGCAGCAAUCGUGGUCUAAGCGCGAUGGCGAUGGCGAUGGCGAUGUCGACGUGGACGUUAACGCCGGCGACUUUGGGUCCCGGAAUGUGACAGGUGGAGCUGAAACUGGAACUGUUCCCGGCGGUUCGCCGGUGCCCGGUCGGGUUUCCAGGGUUCAUCGUCGAUACAUGAGAGGUUCGCAUGCUUGA